UAAACAAGUCGUGACGUCGCGCGGCGGACGCGAAACGCUCGUUGCCGUGCGCGAGCAAUGCACUUCCGGUGCGCUCGCCGCUCGACGGCAUCACUGCCGCGCGUACGUACCGCGUGCGUCGCUCGGGCCAGGUGAUUUUUGUUUACAUUAUUCGCGACGAACCUCCUGUUGACUGUUCAACCGCACUCACGCACGCACAGUUGUCCGAGGUGCGUGGCGCGUGAUAAUACCGAAAGUGUAAUAUUUUUUUUUUAAUAUUUUUUACAUUUUAUAACUUCUUCUUCGCCGCCGCCGAUUAUGAUAAGUGAACGUCGGUCUCGGCCACCACUCUUUUCCGCGCACGAAACCCGCUAGCCAGUGCGAUUUUGCGCGGUGUCCGGUUUACCCACGUACUUGACCGUCCGUGCUCGUCGCCGUCAUCAUGUAGCCGUCCAAUAUGUUUCUAAAUGAUAUCGUUCUCCCGUUGUUGUAGCGGACGUCGCGAUGGACUAUUACAGGAUGUGCCAACGGUUCGGGCUGGACGCCGUUCCAAGUCCAGACGGACGGUUCACCAUCGACGAACUCAUCGGCGAGGGCACGUACGGCGAAGUGUUCAGAGCCAAAGACAAUGUCACCGGAGAGAAUGUCGCCAUUAAAAUACUAGAAGACAUUGCUGGCAACGAGGAAGAAAUCGAAGAUGAAUAUCUUGCAUUGAGGGAUCUCAGCUUACAUCCAAAUAUUCCUUCCUUUCAUGGAAUUUAUUUUGUUAAAGGUUCUAAACAGCUUAAUGAUCAACUAUGGUUUGUUAUGGAGUUAUGCCUAGGAGGAUCAGUUACUGAUUUGGUACAUGGGUUAAAAACCCAAGGAAAACAAUUAACUGAAGAUCAGAUCGCUUACAUUUUACAUGAAACUUUACAGGCUCUAGCAUUCUUACAUCGUAAUCAUUGUAUGCAUCGUGAUGUAAAAGGACAUAACAUACUACUAACUGAAGACGGACAAGUGAAAUUAGUUGACUUUGGAGUUUCCUCACAUUUAGGAGCUACAAUGGGACGACGUGAUACAUCUGUAGGAACACCUUAUUGGAUGGCCCCUGAAGUGAUCGCUUGCGAACAACAGCGAGAUUCGUCUUACGACAGUCGAUGUGAUGUAUGGUCAUUAGGCAUAACGGCCAUUGAAUUAGCUACCGGAGAUCCUCCGCUUAGUGGAUUGCAUCCAAUGAGGGCUUUAUUUCAAAUACCGCGGGAACCGCCACCUGUCUUACCGUUGUCGGCUCGACCGGAUGCACCCAAACUGACGCAUUUCGUAGCAAGAUGCCUUGUAAAAGAUUUCGAACAGCGGCCGACCACUGCCAUACUAAUACACGACCCAUUCAUCGUCCACGGGUCCAAGUGUAUCCACAGAGUACGCGAAGAACUGAAAGCCGAAAUACGCUACCAAAGAGAAGUCAGUGGUAGAGUGCAAAAACAUCCUGACGUAACCACCAAGCAUGGUAAACUCAAAAGUAAACGGAAAAAUCCACCCACUACCAUAUACGUUGAUGACUUGGCAGCACUCGACAGUCUUUCAGAGGAGAGAAUAGUAAACCAACUGAAAAAAAGAUAUCAAAUGAACUUGAUUUAUACGUAUAUCGGGGAUAUUCUUUUGGCCAUAAAUCCGUUCACGUCGCUUCCCUUGUACACGUCAGCGGAGCAAAAGAAAUACUGCAAUCAAAUGAGAGCCACGUGUCCCCCACACAUAUUCGCGAUUGCAGAUUCUGCAUAUCAGUUCAUGUUACACGAAAAAGCCAAUCAAUCCAUAGUGAUUAGUGGCGAAAGUGGUGCCGGCAAAACUGAAUCCGGUAACCUGUUGCUGAAACAACUCGUUUACCUCGGCAAGGCACCGAACAGAAAUCUGGAACAGCGAAUACUUCAGAUGAACCCGAUCAUGGAAGCAUUCGGAAACGCUAGAACCGGCAUCAAUAACAAUUCUUCGAGAUUUGGAAAAUUUUUAGAAUUGAGUAUGACCAAAAGCGGACAAUUGACAGGCGCCAGGGUGUCGGUUUACUUACUUGAACAGUCAAGAGUCAUUCAGCAAGCCAAUGGAGAGAGUAAUUUCCAUGCAUUUUACUACAUUUACGAUGGACUGGAACACGACAAAAGACUUAAAGAGUUUCAUUUGGAUCGUGAACUUCGGCAAAUGCAUAGUUAUCUUCCGUCCGAUCGUCAGGACAGCAAAACAAAACAAAGCAACAUCGAUAAGUUUGCUCAACUCAAAAAUGCUUUUGAACAAGUCGGUUUCAAAGACGAUGAAGUUAAUUCUAUAUACUGCAUUUUAGCAGCCAUAUUACAUCUGGGUGAUAUAGAGUUUGGAGAAAUCAUAACUGACAAUAAUACAGAUAAUAAGAGUACAGUCAUCGAUCUGACUCCAAUCUAUCGAACCUCGUGUUUAUUAGACAUCGAAAGUUCUGAUCUUUUAGAAUGUCUAAGCGUCAAUAGUGUAGUGACAAGAGGUGAAAUUAUUCAAAGAAAUAAUUCUGUAUCUGAAGCUGUUGCCACCAGAGAUGCUAUUGCCCGGGCUUUGUACAGCCGAUUAUUUGAUUGGUUGGUUAAUUCUAUUAACAGCCUAUUGUCUUUUUACAAUGCCCGUGGUGAUUACAAUGUUAUUGGAAUACUCGAUAUUUUUGGUUUUGAAAAUUUUACACACAAUUCCUUUGAACAAUUAUGCAUAAAUAUUGCAAAUGAGCAACUUCAAUAUUUUUUCAACCAGCAUGUUUUUGCAUUAGAACAAGCUGAAUAUGAAUCGGAAGGUGUCCCUGUACAACAUGUUGGUUUUUGUGACAAUAGACCUGUAUUAGAUAUGCUUGUGAGUAGGCCAAUGGGUCUACUGGCAUUACUCGAUGAAGAAAGUCGUUUUCCCAGAGCUACUGAUCGGUCCCUGGUUGAAAAAUUUCAUUGCAACAUUAAAUGUAAUUACUAUGUACGGCCAAAAUCUAAUGCUUUACAAUUUGAAGUAAAACAUUUUGCUGGCAAUGUCACUUACCAGGCUUCAGGAAUGCUUGAGAAAAAUAGACACCUGUUAGCUAUAGAAGCUAUUCAGGUUUUAAGGAAGUCCAGUAACAAAACCGUCCGAGCAUUAUUUCAAAGUCCGGUGACCAAAACUGGCAAUCUAUACUCUCAAGACUCAUCUUCAGGUUUAAUUGGACUGGCUUCACAAUCUCGUGGUCAGCAAACUGCAGCAACAUACUUUAGACAUUCAUUAGCCGAGCUGUUGAAUCGUAUGGGCUGUAACAAUUCAGGUAUAAGUUUACCUAGAUUUGUGCGUUGCAUCAAACCCAACGAUCAACGGCAACCAAAACAAUUUGAUCCGCUCAAAGUUGUUGCACAAUUACGCUGCAGUGGAGUUAUGGAAACUAUUAGAAUUAGACGAAAUGGUUACUCACAUAGACUGUUGUUCAAAGAUUUUAUAAGCCGGUAUGCAAUUUUAGGAUGCCGAUUAUAUGAGAAAGUUCCUCCAACCAGGGAUAAUUGUAGACAUUUGUUAGUCAAAUUAAAACUGGAUGGUUGGGCUAUCGGAAAGACCAAAGUGUUCUUGAAAUACUAUCAUAUAGAACACUUGACUAAAUUACAUGAAAAACAACUACGUCAAAUAAUAAUCGUACAAAGUUGCGUUCGACGUUGGCUGGCAUUAAAGCAUUAUCGAGAAGCUAUGUUGGCUAAACAAUUGUCAUGGGGAGCGUUAACAUUGCAGAAACAUGCAAGAGGAUGGCUUGCUAGACAAAAGAAAAAAAAGUCAAAAGGAGAAAUACCUGUUGGAGAAGUGGCACCAAUAUAUAGGCAACAACCUAAAGAAAAUAUUAUUCCCGUUAAAAGUCAAAACAAAAUUAGUCCUGUUGUUGUAGCAGAAAACAAGAAGACUUAUAUCCAACAAAACGGUGUUAAGGUAUUGCCAUGUAAAAUGCAGCAAAAAGUAGAAAGAGAGAAGCAUUUGAUUGACUUUGCAAAGAAUAAAGGAUUGGUACACAAUGCCAUUAAAAAACUUGCGACAGAAAAUUAUUGUAAAUAUGAUUCAGAUAAUAAUAAUAGGUUAAAUACGAUAACUACGAAAACAAAUAAUAUCCAACCAGAGAAUAAACCACAAUGGAUAUCCCCAUUAAGAUUAACACCUCCAGACAUUAAUAGACUACCAGAAGGAUUUGACUUCAGACAACUAUUAAGACCAACUCAGCAUGCACCCACCGAAUCCCUACGCAAAAGAAUUGUCCAAAGAUCCAGACCUGUUGCUGCCAAUGCCAAAGGAUAGUGUUUCAAAUUUUAGCAAAAUUGGCUAUUUUUAUAAUUAGUAUAAGCACUUUUGUAAUUGUUGUGUUUGUUAAAUAUUUUAUUUUUAUGUUCUUGGAAAAAAAUAACCAUUUGAGAUUUUCUAGUCUCAUGGUGGAAUAUGUUUAGUAUUUUUUUUUCUUUCUAUAAAGUAGACAAUAAUUUAAAUAUUUUUAUAGUUCCUCAUAAGUUCAAUUGAACCAAAAAUACGUUUUAUACUUAUCAAAUUAACGGAUUUUAUAUAUUUUUAAGGUAUUUUAUAAGAUUUUUUUUUAUUGGUAUUUUCAACAAUGUUCCUUAAGAAACUUAAGUUUCUGAAAUUCUUUGAAGGGCCCAGUAUAAUCAUAUGAUGUGAACCACUUAUUUACUUGCAUAUCAUAUUAUAAUAUAUUAUUUACUUACAUUUUUA